CGAUUGGACUCGCAUAGAUGGUCACAUCGAUCGCGCUACAGUGGAAGAAUUCAAUAAACUGUCAGCGGGUCGGCUGUUAGCCUAUUGGCUGUCAUGUCCCCUUCAGCGGGCCCUGAAGCGGUGGAGUCAGAGUCAGAGAGAGCAGAGGAGUCCAGGACAGAGGUUGGGAGAACAGAGGCUACAGGAUGUCCGUGCGGUCCUCCUCCCGGUCAACAGCUAGCUCCAGAAUACCGACGCUGGCGUCGACAGCACGGUCUUCAAGCUCCGCUCCACGGACAACAGCUAGCUGGAUGGAUACUUCUCCUGGCCGCUGCUGCCUUCACAGCUGGUGUGCUGGUCCCAGCGCUGACUGCUCCGCUACAAAUACCCGCCGCCCUACUGGGUGUAGUUCUUCUGCUGGUACAUGCCAUCAGCCACGCAGCAGCCACUCUGGUGGAUCCCGCGGAUGGUGAACUCCGUUCUCGUCCCGGGCGCCACGCGGUGCCCGAGUUCGAUCGACAGCAACACGCGCAUGUGAUUGAAAACGGUCGGUGUCAUCUUUGUAAUGUAACCAUCACCUCAUCGCGAACCAAACACUGUGCCGCUUGUAACAAGUGUGUUGAUCGGUUCGAUCAUCACUGCAAGUGGCUGAACCACUGCGUGGGGAGAAGAAACUACGUCUGGUUUUUAGUGUGUGUGGCAAGUGCAGCUGCUCUAUCGCUGCUAGUGCUAACCCUCGCCGCCGCAGCGCUAGCGCUUUGUUUCACCUCCAGUGGACAGACAGUGGUGAUGAGAAAUGAUACGCAAGCACCAACACCUGUAGCCAACACCACCCAGCUCUCUCAGACUGGAGCCGCUGAGUCUCUGCUGAAAUCACCGCCCCCUGGUGACAGUGGUGACGGUGGUAACGGCGAUGGUGACAAUGGAGUAGCUGGUUCACCUUUGGUGACUGGCGCACACUUGGCCAUGUUUGGUGUACCCGUUGAGAAGGCGCUCUUCGCCGCAGGAGCAGGUCUGUUCGGUACUCUAGCUCUGGUGGCUGCGGUGUUGCUGAUUCAUCUCCUUAUCUUCCACGCAUUUCUAGCCGCUCGCGGUGCUACCACAUACGAAUACAUCCGCCAGCUUGACUCUUCCCACAAGUCAGCCCCACCUUCUGCAGAGAGCAAUCGCAGGUGGCGCCACCGGGGCUGCUGUGCUCCUACAGACCUCACCCGACGGCGUAGAGUUCGUCCGGGUCGAGCGCCACCCGCGCCGCCUAUCGGUCACUCCGAGAAACAAAACGGCGUCAGUGGACCUCACCCGGCUGAGUGUGUGGUGACGGUAUCAGGGUCAGUACCUCUGGCAAGAGCGGAGGGAUCCCUACCGGCCCUGCCGCCUCUACGGACGGCCUCUGGGUUGAAGGACACGCUAGACACGCUACAGAAGUAUAACGAUACGCGCACUCAGCUACCCGACUCUGAUAGUGAGGGUACUGAAGAAGGUGGUAGUGCGGCUGCCGUGCGUACUUGUGCUAAGGUUGAAGCUAUAACACCAGUUGCUAAUGGGAACGUGAGACCGGCUGUGACCAAUGGCUCACAGUGGCUCAAACAGCCAGCGACGAAAGCCGAUUCUCCUGCACAACCGGAAAGCAAAAAGGACCGCUCACCGGAGGCUACCUCCCCUAAAAAUGACGUCUCAUCAGAACCAGAAGCGGAAAAGAAGGAAGAAUCGCCCACCGAGGCUAAACCUUCGCUUCUAAUGGCCAACAUAGUUACAGUGGCUUCUCAGAGACCUUACAGUGCUCCAGUACCAGCCACUCGAACUUCGCGACCACGAGAGCUUGACCUCACUGUGGAUUUGGGCGCUCCGUCAACCGACGAGGGUCGAUUCCGUGUAACACCGGUGACGCAGUUCGAGCCCACGCCAGCGCCUGCGCCGAUUGGCUCACCACACAUCACUCGCACUGUGGGGGGAAUGGGGGCGGGGAUGAGACGACGGCAACCCUCACCGGUUCCCGAGGAACCUCGGAAAGCUAAACGCGUCACUUUUGUAGAAGUGACGCAAGUGCGCCGCGUUGAGUGUGCGUCAGAUACUGAGGAUUGCGGUGAUCGUGUUCGGGAUGAGACGAGGCCACUGUCAGCGCAAAACGCAGUGGCGGAUUACAUGCAGAAAGUGCGGGCGCGCAGAAGAGGACACCUAGCGGCGGGAAGUGAAGCGUUAGUUGUGCCGCUGGCCGGUAGCGGCGCUAGUGUAGAGGCACCCUCCACCGAAGGGCGACCGUCUAAAGUAUGGUUCAGUGAUGGUAGUUCAGCGUUGGGAAGUGUAAGGACAUGACGUCAGGCUUCGGUACCGACCGAAGCUGAUGUGAACGAUUCAGAACUAUCGAGUGAUAGCCCGGUGACCGAUGUGGGUAUGGCUAAACUGGAAGAGCUAAGCGAGAGUGACGACGAAGUGUGAUGUAAACGGGACAGAACUGAGGGCAGUGUCUGGGUGUGAACGUGACUUGAAUGGUGGCCAGGGAAGGACAGUUGGCCUUUUCAUCGAGGCCCACAAAGAAGUCAGAACGAGCUUUGCAGAUGUACAUAUCUGUGGUGUCGAUACUAGUCACGGGACCUGUGUAUUCAUAUAAAAACGCACAUCGCGUCUGUGCUAUACUUGUAUGUGAGACAAUCACUGGGCUAACACUGCCCUGCCGUUCGCCUAAGCAGUGUCGCUGUAUGUACAACUAUACGGGCUGUCUAGAUCACUGUACCACCACUCUUUGAUGUCAUGUAUCUGAUAACCGUUCGGUGUGUAAACCAUAAGAUCAUGCUGUCAUAGAUUGAUCGGUAGAUCAUCGGAGAUCGCCCCGUCACCGUCCACUGCUCACGGACCAACUAACCUGUUCCCCCUUCCCCCUUUCCUUGUCACUGGCUCCAUGUACUAACAAUGUGUCUGUUCCAGUCGCACUUCCACCUCUAAACUCCUCCUAGAUUACUUUCCUGUUCCAGUGGCAGCUCUAGCCCCUACAAAGCCAAGGAGGGCCCUGUUCCAACCUCCUCUAUCUUGCUCUUGGAGGAGUUUAGAGGUGUUAGGAAGCGCGACUGGAACAGACCCAUAGCCACCCAGUGUUCAGUCGGUGCUGCUCUACAGUAUUUCCAUCAGCCUGUCGGGAGCCUAGGUGAAAACUGACCCGGGUAUGGGAGGUCUAUGUCGGUUGUAUCGAUGCUACGGGUUGUCAGCUGCCUUUGAAUACAGGACUGCCCCCAGUGGAGUCUGCUGGGAAGAA